AUGAUUACAUUCACACCUCUUUCUGGUGCCGCCCGGUCAUCCCGAACUGUUCCACUUGCAUACUUGCUACAGGUUGACGAUAUUCGUAUUCUUCUCGAUUGUGGAUCACCUGACUGGAACCCCGAGAAUAUUGAAACUCAAUCUGAGUCCGGGAAUGGGGUGAUUUAUCCUUGGCAAGAGUACUGUGACAUAGUGAGAAAGCAUGCUCCAGAGGUUGACUUGGUUCUGCUGUCUCAUGGGGACCUUGUACAUUCUGGCUUGUAUGCUUAUGCAUACUGUCACUGGGAUCUCAGAGCCCCAUGCUAUACCACACUUCCAGUCCAGGCAAUGGCUCGCAUUGCAACAAUGGAAGAUGUGGAAGGAAUUCGAGACGAACAAGAAGUUGAAGUUGAGGAGGAGGAAAGCAACGAAUCUGCGGCUCCCGAAGGGGCGGGAAGCUCUGAGCCACAUUCGCCAAAGCUAAAGAAUGAACCCAAGAAGUUUGUCGCUACCGUUCAAGAGGUACACGAAGCAUUCGACGCAGUAAACACUCUAAGGUAUUCCCAGCCUACCCAUCUACAAGGAAAGUGUCAAGGUUUGACCAUUACACCAUUCGCAGCGGGGCACACGUUGGGGGGAACCAUAUGGAAAAUAAGAUCGCCUUCCGCUGGAACGAUCGUCUAUGCUGUGAACUUGAAUCAUAUGCGCGAGCGACAUAUAGAUGGCACUGUCCUCUACCGUCCUGCAGCAGGUGGUGUCUUCGAACCACUUGCCCGACCAGAUCUCUUCAUCACAGACGCCGAUCGCGUGAAUGUCGUCACAAGUCGAAGAAAGGACCGCGACGCUGCUUUGAUAGAUGCCAUAAGUGCAACGCUGUCGUCCCGUUCUUCUCUUUUACUUCCUUGUGACUCCAGUACUCGUCUCCUGGAGCUCCUGGUGUUACUUGAUCAGCAUUGGAAGUAUGCUGAUUUUCGCUUUCCCAUCUGUCUAUUAUCGCGUAACGGGCGUGAAAUGUUGACCUUCGUCCGGAGUAUGAUGGAAUGGCUUGGCGGGACAGUGAGCAAAGAAGAUGUCGGUGUUGAUGGAAGCGGAAGAACGGGAGGUACCAGGAGGAGACGUGGUGAUGACGAUGCAGAUGAUGAGGCGUUGGGAGCGUUUGCAUUGCGCUUCAAGUUUCUGGAAUUCUUUCCCAGUCCGCAAUCCCUUCUCCAGACAUACUCAUCCAAGGAGCCGAAACUGAUCCUUGCUGUCCCUGCCUCGCUUUCACAUGGACCGUCACGACUACUAUUCUCUGACUUCGCCGUGGUCCCAGAUAAUGUGGUUCUCCUGACUAGUCGCGGCGAAGAGGGCACACUGGGACGUAUCCUUUUCGAUAAAUGGAAUAACUCUCAGAGAGGUGAUGAUAAGUGGGACAAAGGUAGAAUUGGUAGCAACGUUAUGAUGGAUGGAGCCAUGACUCUAAAGAUAAACUCCAAGGUUCCGCUUCAAGGUGCAGAGCUAGAAGCCUUCCUUGCAAAGGAGAAGGCAGCAAAGGAUAGGGAAGCUGCUCAUCAAGCAUCUAUGGCUCGUAAUCAACGCAUAUUGGAAGCGGACGAAGACGAGAGCGACGAAGAUUCGGAUUCGGAUUCGGAUGAAGAAGACGAAGUCGAACGCGCAUUGGACGAAAGCCAAAUGGAUACCGACGAAAUCUCCAAUACUGGAAAUGGUUCGCCGCGAAAACGAAAAAUUACCAAAAAUGAGGACGAUGCUGACUGGGGGCUUGACAUUGACGAGGGAUUGACGAAACAGCUACUCUCCUUCGACAUUUACCUCAAGGGAAACGUCUCCAAGGCAACAUCAUUCUUCAAGAGCGCUGGUGGCCAGACCCACCGUUUCCGUAUGUUUCCCUACGUUGAAAAGAAACGGAGGGUGGAUGAAUAUGGCGAAACUAUUGAUGUUGGCAUGUGGCUGAGGAAAGGUAAAGUAUUGGAAAAUGAAGCAGAAGAUGAUGCGACUAGGGAGGCAAGGCGAAAUCAGGCUGAAGGCGAAACUGAGGCUCCUCGUGAACCUCCUUCGAAGUUCGUCACUUCAGAGGUUGAAAUACAGCUUGCUUGUCGACUUCUCUUUGUUGACAUGGAAGGUCUCAACGAUGGUCGUGCGGUGAAGAUGAUUGUACCCCAAGUGAACCCCAGAAAGAUGAUCAUUGUCCAUGCCCAGGCUGCCGCCGCCGAUGCUCUCAUUGACAGUUGUGCGAACAUUCGAUCUAUGACGAGAGAUAUAUACGCUCCUUCUGUCGGAGAAACGGUGCAGAUAGGACAACACACCAACAGUUUCUCGAUAUCCUUGAGUGAUGAGCUACUGAGCACUAUCAAAAUGUCAAGGUUUGAAGACAACGAAGUGGGUUAUGUGACCGGACGCGUUACGAGCCAUUUCAGCUCCACCAUACCCAUUUUAGAACCCUCGGGACCAACGAUACCAACGCCAAAUGCAAACGUAUUGCAUGCCCCACGAAUACUAGGCUCCCGGCCAAUUCAGAUUCUACCGCGGUCGACAAUGAUAGGGGAGCUCAAGUUGACUGCACUUAAAAGCCGAUUGGCAUCAGUCGGUGUUCAAGCCGAAUUGGUUGGUGAGGGUGUGCUGAUUUGCGGCGCUGGGGCGAGGCGGGAUGAAUCUUCUAAUUCUAUACAAGACACAGUUGCCGUACGCAAGACAGGUCGAGGAAGAGUGGAGUUGGAAGGUAACGUUUCCGACAUCUACUAUGUCGUACGCAAAGAGAUUUAUAAUCUCCAUGCCUUGGUAGCAACAUGA